UCACGCUACUCCUCAUUUAAACGCACAUACAUUACUCACGUAUAUAUCUCUUCCUCGUCUCGUUUGGUUCCUAGGCAGCUACGAACUACUCCAUGGACAAAGCUUAGCUAUAGCUUGUCACCCACCACCGUUGCUCGACCGAUAAUCGCCGCUUAAUUCACACGCCGGAGGCGAGGACGAGGACGAGGACGACGACGAUUGAUAUGGAGAAGCAGCAGAUUAGCCUGCAGGAGCCGUCGGCAGAAGAUCAGCAGCCUCCGGUCCCGGUGCCGGUGAUGACGGCAUCAGGGCGGCUGUGGGCGCCGCCGCUGACCCACGAGGACAACCGCGGGUUCCUCCACAUGCUCCGGGAGAAGAAGGAAAGAUUGGGGGUAGGCGCGGUGAAGGUGGAGGUGCAGUUCAAGGAUCUGACCGUGGAGGCGGACGUCCGCGUCGGACGCCGGGCGCUGCCCACGCUGCUCAACUCCGCCCUCAACGCUGCCCAGGAACUGGCAGCAUCUUCGCACAUGUGUAGUACAAGGAAAAGACCCAUCAAAAUUAUAAAUGGAGCAAGCGGGACAAUUCAACCAUCAAGGAUGACACUUCUUCUAGGAGCACCUGGUUCCGGGAAAACAACCUUUUUAAAGGCAUUGGCAGGAAAGUUGGAUUCUUCGCUGAAGCUCAAAGGAAAGGUCAUGUACAACGGAGAAGAAGUGAAUCCCUGGACACCUCAAUACCUGCAUGCUUACAUUAGCCAGUAUGAUCUUCACCAUGCUGAGAUGACCGUCAGAGAGACUAUUGAUUUUUCUUCCAAGAUGUUGGGAACCAAUAAUGAAUUUGAGAUGCUGGGAGAAGCAAUAGGAAGAAAAAAGGGUGCCAUCAACAAAGUGGACCAAGAUCUUGACUCAUUUAUUAAGGCUACGACCUUUGGAGAAGGAGGCAACCUUACAACAAACUAUAUUAUCAAGAUACUUGGUUUGUCCGAGUGUGCUGAUACCUUAGUGGGGGAUGAGAUGAGAAGAGGCAUAUCAGGAGGACAAAAGAAAAGGGCCACAAUUGGAGAGAUGCUAGUUGGUCUAGCAAGAUGCUUCUUUAUGGAUGAUAUAUCAACAGGUCUAGAUAGUUCCACCACAUACGAGAUUGUAAAGUUUGUCCAACAGAUGGCUCAUUUGAUGGAUCUCACAGUGGUUAUUUCCUUGCUGCAACCACCUCCCGAGACAUUGGAAUUAUUUGAUGACAUAAUCCUUUUAUGUGAGGGGCAAAUUGUAUAUCAUGGUCCUCGAGAAAAAGCUACCGAUUUCUUUGAAAUUAUGGGAUUCAAAUGCCCCAGCAGGAAGAAUGUAGCUGAUUUCCUUCAAGAGGUGACCUCAAAGAUGGACCAAAAGCAAUACUGGAUUGGUGAUGAAAAUAAGUAUCAAUACCGUCCAAUUGAAAAAUUUGCAGAAUCCUUCCGUUCAUCGUACCUCCCUCGGCUUGUAGAAGACAAUCUCUGCAGGUCAAACAAUACAGAAAAGAGCAAGCAGGCAAAAACAAGCGCAAGCCGCAGGAUCUCCAGAUGGAAUAUUUUCAAGGCAUGCUUUUCAAGAGAAGUACUGCUUCUGAAAAGAAACUCCCCAGUGCAUAUAUUCAAGACUGUACAGAUAACUCUUCUUGCUUUGGUGAUCUCAACGGUUUUCCUUCGAACAAAUAUGAAGCAUGGUUCUGUACUUGAUGCCAACAAGUAUAUGGGAGCACUCUUCAUGGCUGUUGUCAUAGUAAAUUUCAAUGGCAUGACUGAAAUUGCAAUGACAAUAAAGCGACUCCCCACUUUCUACAAGCAAAGAGAGUUGCUAGCAUUGCCAGGUUGGGCACUGCUUUGUUCAGUUUACCUUAUCAGCCUCCCGAUGUCACUUGUAGAGACAGGUCUUUGGACUAGCUUAACCUACUUUGUGAUUGGCUAUGCACCUUCGGUUAUCAGAUUCAUCCAGCACUUCUUGGUACUCUUUACCAUGCAUCAAAUGUCAAUGGGCUUGUAUCGCUUUUUAGCAGCAAUAGGAAGGACACAAGUAAUGGCCAACAUGCUAGGCACUGCAGCUCUUAUAGCAAUCUACAUAUUUGGAGGCUUUGUCAUAUCAAAAGAUGACCUCCAACCAUGGUUGCGCUGGGGAUAUUGGACAUCCCCAUUCACCUACGCUCAGAAUGCAGUCAGCCUAAAUGAGUUCCUUGACGAAAGAUGGGCUACAGAAUUCCAUUACGCAAAUGCUAAUACCGUUGGUGAAGCUAUCCUCAAGAUUAGGGGGAUGCUCACAGAGUGGCACUGGUACUGGAUUUGUGUCUGCGUUUUAUUUGGAUUCUCGCUGGCCUUCAACAUCCUCAGUAUCUUUGCAUUGGAGUUCAUGAACUCUCCACACAAGCACCAAGUUAACAUCAACACUACGAAGAUGAUGACAGAGUGCAAGAACAAGAAAGCUGGAACUGGAAAGGUGUCUACUGCUCCAGCUGUCCUCCCAUUUCGGCCUCUUUCCCUUGUAUUUGAUCAUAUCAACUAUUUUGUCGACAUGCCUAAGGAAAUGAUGAAGCAUGGAGUAACAGAGAAAAAGCUUCAGCUGCUACAAGAUGUCAGUGGCGCUUUCAGGCCAGGGGUGCUAACAGCUCUGAUGGGGAUCACUGGUGCUGGAAAGACAACAUUGCUCGAUGUUUUGGCAGGAAGAAAAACUGGAGGAUAUAUUGAAGGUACUAUUAAGGUAGCAGGAUACCCAAAGAAGCAGGAGACAUUCUCAAGGAUCUCAGGCUACUGUGAACAGAGUGACAUUCACUCCCCUAACCUCACUGUGUAUGAGUCACUGCAGUUCUCUGCAUGGCUUCGCCUGCCUUCAAACAUCAAAUCACGCCAAAGAGAUAUGUUUAUAGACGAAGUCAUGGACCUAGUUGAACUAACUGGGCUAAAGAAUGCCAUGGUGGGUCUGGCAGGAGCAACUGGCCUGUCAGCUGAGCAGCGAAAAAGGCUAACAAUAGCUGUGGAACUGGUAGCUAGUCCUUCCAUAAUAUUUAUGGACGAACCGACCACUGGCUUGGAUGCCCGUGCUGCAGCAAUUGUCAUGAGAACAGUACGGAAAACAGUAGACACUGGGCGAACUGUUGUCUGCACAAUUCAUCAGCCAAGCAUUGAGAUAUUUGAAUCCUUUGAUGAGCUUCUACUUAUGAAAAGAGGCGGCCAGAUCAUAUACAGUGGUUCACUAGGUCCGCUAUCUAGCAACAUGCUAAAGUAUUUUGAGGCUAUACCUGGUGUUCCUAGAAUAAAAGAGGGACAAAACCCAGCAGCAUGGAUGUUGGAUAUCAGUUCACAGACAACAGAAUAUGAGAUUGAAGUGGACUACGCAGAAAUUUAUCGGAGCUCCUCCCUAUACAGGGAGAACCUGCUUCUGAUUGAUGAGAUGGGGAAACCUGCACCAAACACUGAGGAUCUACAUUUUCCUCCAAGAUACUGGCAGAACUUUAGGGCACAAUGCAUGGCUUGCCUCUGGAAACAAAGAUGCGCAUAUUGGAAAAAUUCAGAACACAAUGUUGUUAGGUUCCUAAACACAUUUGCUGUGUCAAUUAUGUUUGGAAUUGUAUUCUGGAAAAUUGGCUCAACCAUAAAAAAGGAGCAAGAUGUAUUCAACAUACUAGGAGUUGUGUAUGGAUCAGCGCUGUUUCUGGGCUUCAUGAACUGCAGCAUCUUACAGCCAGUUGUAGCAAUGGAGAGGGUUGUUCUCUACCGAGAAAAGGCAGCAGGCAUGUACUCUACCUUGGCCUAUGCCAUAGCUCAGGUGGCAAUUGAAUUGCCUUACAUGCUUGUCCAAGUGUUCGUUUUCGCAGCAAUUGUAUACCCAAUGAUUGGGUUUCAGAUGACAGCCAGCAAGUUCUUUUGGUUUGUCCUUUAUAUGGCGCUAAGCUUCAUGUACUACACACUCUACGGGAUGAUGACAGUGGCGCUAACACCUAGCACUGAGAUAGCUGCCGGAUUGUCCUUCCUUAUCUUCAUUUUUUGGAACGUCUUCUCUGGCUUCAUCAUCGGAAGAGAGCUGAUCCCGGUGUGGUGGAGGUGGGUGUACUGGGCAAACCCAGCAGCGUGGACAGUGUACGGGCUCAUGUUCUCGCAGCUGGGAGACCAGACUGAGCUGAUCCUUGUGGCAGGGCAGCCAGACCAGACAGUACGGGAGUUCCUCGAGGGCUACCUUGGCCUCGAGGACCGCUACUUCAACCUUGUUACCUGCCUACACUUUGCCAUCAUCGCCCUCUUCGCCUUUCUCUUCUUCAUCUCCCUCAAGCACCUCAAAUUCCAGCGGAGGUAGCAAAAAACAAUUGAAUGACGUCAUGUGGACUGCAAAUACGCUAAUCAGUAAAUCACUUAACUGUAUACAGCUAAGGGAAAAGCAACACCCAGCUAUAAAUAAGCACAAGGAUUCUGAUGCAAGAGAAAGCGUGUAAGUAAUCAAAUGAUGUGUGUGAGCAUGUGUAUAUGUAAUACUAGUACAGCCUUACAGGACUGUUAUUACUGCAGGGAUGAUGAAACAAUUACAUUCCAAAGUGUACAUGUUAUUGGAAUGUGUAAAAGCAUACCGAAAUUUAUUAAAUUCAAGUGGCAGUGGCAAUGCAGCA